AUGGUUCGCACAGAUCGCUUCCCAGCCGACUUGCUCGAGGAAGUCUUCAAAGCACACAAAGCUUCACAAGAAGAGCUUUCUCAACAGGAUACAAAAUAUGUCUAUGUUGUUGCCCAUGAAAAGAUGAUGGUCUAUGAGGAUUUGGAAUUCAUUAUCGAGAGUGUUUUCUAUACUCUAGAUUCCGCCAAUACCAAAACGAUGGACAUAUUCACGGAAUACUAUCACGACUACGAGCCGGCAAGCUUCUACGAUAAGAGUGCCGGGCAGAGGGUUGGAGAAAGGUCUGUGGGGUGGUAUCUGUCUAGCAAUGGAACAUUUCCUUUGGAAGUUGAGGACGAUGCGGGAAGCAUUUGCCGGAUCUAUGCGGAAAGACAUGAGAUUGAGUGA